AUGCGCAUUACCUCUUCCCUCCAUGUCGCUCUGAUCCCCAUCUUGACCGCCUCCGCCUACAAUGUGAUGGUCAGUGUGCAAGACCUGAACUUCCCGGAGACUUUGUCGCUUUUCAAGGUCGCAGCCGUCGAUUUCAACCCGACCGGCCUGUAUUUCAAGGUCGAUGGCCGUGGGAUGUUCACUUUAUCUGGGUCGGGCAAUCGCGAUCGAGUUGAGAUCGCCAAGGAUGGUCAAUUCGGUUCUGGGCCUGGCGAGUUCUACUGGGUACCCAAGACUGGCGAUGAGAGCAAAAUAAGGGUAUUGCAAACUCAAGGGCGAGAUAUACCGUCAGACGCUGGGAAGGACCCAAAGUACAAGGACCCCAAGUGGGUUAUCGCGCUGCCCGAAGAGACCGAGCGCGGUCCGUGCGAGCCCAAGUGGGGCAUUUCCCUUGAGUGCGACGAGGAAGUGGAGUGUUACACUGGUUCGCGCCUUCAGCCCGGGGAUGACGGCUACAUUGUGCCCCCACGCUGA